AUGUCGGAAAUAAAGAAUAUACCAUUCAAUGAAACUUGGGAUAGUGGAAUACGAUUUUGGUGGCAUAUUUACAACUCUUCUUCUUCUUCUACUACUGGUAAAUCGAAUGAAACUUUAUCAGAUCGACAAGAUCUCUUGUUCAAUAUGACUUGUUAUUCGCAAGUAGUUAAAUCUGUCAGAAAGGGAGCGACUUUCGAGAUGGACAUGAACUUGGAACCACCUUUUCUCACUCCAAAGGGAAGUACUACAUGGUCCAGUCUGACUAAUGAGGGCCAUGUUGUUUGUCCAGAGGGGCAAUGUAUGGCUCCAAGCGGUUGUGAAGGUUUAACAAUGCCUAAAUGGGAUAAAGACGAUAUCAAACAACCUCCUCAAGGAAGUGAGGAUUCUCAACCUUAG